CCUCCCUCGGCGCAACGGUCCCCGCAGGAGCCGGGCGCCCACCGCCCCCCGCAACCCCCUGCGAGCCGGCCGGGCGCCCAGGAUGGGGAAUGAGGCGAGCUACCCCGCGGAGAUGGGCUCCCACUUUGACCACGAGGAGAUUAAAAGGCUGGGCAAGCGGUUCAAGAAGCUGGACGUGGACUCCUCGGGCGCCCUGAGCGCGGACGAGCUGCUGUCGCUGCCCGAGCUGUGGCACAACCCGCUGGCGCAGCGGGUGUUCGAGGUGUUCGACGCGGACGGCGACGGCGAGGUGGACUUCGAGGAGUUCGUCGCGGGGACCUCCCAGUUCAGCCUCAGGGGGGACGAGGAGCAGAAGCUGAGGUUUGCUUUCAACGUCUACGACAUGGACAAGGACGGCUACAUCUCCAACGGGGAGCUGUUCCAGGUGCUGAAGAUGAUGGUGGGCAACAACAUGCAGGACUGGGAGCUGCAGCAGGUGGUGGACAAAAGCAUCAUCAUCCUGGACACGGACGGCGACGGGAGGCUCUCCUUCGAGGAGUUCCGAGCCGCCGUGUGGGACCUGGAGGUCCACAAGCAGCUGGUGGUGGAUGUGUGAGCUUUGGGGAAGAGCGCCACCCAGCGGUGACCUUGACGUCUCUCACUCUUUCAAGGUCAGCUCAGGACGCCCAGCCGCCACGGCCUUUCUGACUCACUCGGAAGUGUUUUCUCUUUGUAAAGCCGCAUUUUCUGACACCAAC